AUGGAUCAUGAGCUCCCCACUGCUGAGGAGGACCUUGUGUGUACGGAAUUCGCCACGGACAAAGAAGCGCAAAAUUACUCUCAGCUGAGAGGUGCCUCCGCAAAUGAUCGCUGGCAAGCUCGCUGCGCCGACGCUUUGAUUAGAUAUCUAUUAGAUAUCUAGGCAUCUAUCUAAGAUAUCUGACUAAGAUGGGAGAUAGAUAGAUAAGGGCCAGAGCCCAAUUUUUUUAGAUAGAUAUCUAAUAUCUGCGAGAUUAUCUUAUCUAAUGGGGAACCCUGGGGUCGACACCGGCUGACCGACACGUCCACUCCAGCGUGCGCCUGCUCGACGACCCCAAACGACGCACAGAAGGUGGCAGCUCCCAAGACCACGGGCAAUUCACUAAAAGGCGUGAUCAACGAAGACCCAGCCAAGAAGUCCCAAGAUGAGCCUGCGGACGACACUACCACUACGUCGACCCCACCAUCAUCACGCCGCGACUUAGCGUCCCCACCCCCUCACACGAAGACCUUGACGGUUGGCACCACUACCGCGAAAACCAGUGCCUCACUUCUGUUUGCGCCGAUUUCUGAUGGAAAGAGCCAUGUCGCCGAUGUGGGCCCAUCCGCUGGCCACGCGGCCUCCACGCACCUCGAAUCCGAAGCAUCGCAUGCCCUUCACCUCGAGGACUCGGUGGUAUGUCGCGCGAGCUGAGAAUGCGACUCUGUGAUCUGGUUUAGUCUCGGCUGACGUCCUGUCGUUUGUUCAAGAUGCAGCGCAAACAGGCUCCCUCAGAGAACGGAACCAAGCGCAAACGUGCCUGGGGAGUUGCCGACGAGGUCGAUGAGGUCAAUACAGAAUCAGAGGUAAGGUCGAUCACCGAUAAUCGUCUAAAAGCUAAAUCUCCCAAGCUAAAUCUCCCGCCAAUCGGGAACGCCUGGACGUGCAGAAGGUCGAUACCAAGCCCGACUCAUCUUCCUCUCGCUUGAAUCUAAGCUCGGAAUCCGACGUACGUCCGAGCCCGGCCUGGCUUUCCUCUAGUCUAGCAGUAAGACGGCACUGACGAAGUGUAAACCCGCACAGAACUCUGAUGCUUCUGGUGACGGGGACGGCAGCGACGAGGAUUGCGGCAGUGAUGACAAGGAUGGCAACGUACCAUCCGAGACGGCCUUAGGUGAAGCUUGGUCCAAAAUAGCCAAGACGAAGGUCAUCUGCUCGGACGUAGACGACGAGCCCGACGACACGUUCGAGGUGCGCUCUUGUGUGCCUUGAGAGGAAUCCGCAUCCUGCUGACUGCCAUUGCGUCUCCUGCAGGUCUGUUCUCGCCAGUUGAAAGGCGCACACGCGCAUAUGGAUAACCCUUGCAAGGUGAGCUGUGACCGAUGCGAUCAUCCGCCACGCUUCGCGCCACUGACAAGAGUCAUGACCCACUGCUCUCUGGCAUCGACCGUCGUUGGCCUGCCAAUCUUACAGUCCUCGACCGAAGAACCCGAUGCCAAGAGCCUUGAAGAUGAGCUUGACCAGAUACGGCGCGAGCUCCAGGCAUUACGUGCCAUGCUUGAGCCAGUGAUCACGUUCAUCAACACGCCAAGUAUUGACCAUCUCAAGGUACGUGUGAUCUCCACGCGUGAGGACGCGAAGCAUAGAUCCAACUGACGAGACGUAUUCCACAACCAUUGGCAGAACCGACUCCCACCCGCCGUAAAAGUAUUUGUGGCUACCCCAUACUUUUACAAGCAAUUGGCCUCGGCCGAGUCUUUUGCAGUACGUGACCUUCACUUCGGUACCAGCGCACGAUUGUCUCAUACAGGCUUCAUCACCCGCAGAUGGUCUUGACGAAAAGCGGCAUCGUCCCUGUAGAAGCAUGUAGCAAAAACAUCACGUUCCGCCAGAACCUGCUCUCGAACAUUCCGGCUUUGUUGGUGCAGGGUCGUAGUGAUCUCCUCCGACACGUGAGCAGACGCCUCGCGCCUUGUGGUCUCCGAGCGGUCCUGACAAAAUUAUAACUCUUCCCAGAUCAAUAAAGCUCAAAAGGACAAAGCUACUCUCGGCCAUACCAUGCAGCAAUGGUACAAAGGCCAACAGGUUGCCAUAACCCAAGGACACGUCAUCUGCAGUGGUGGAGUAUACUGGUGCGUAUAUAUGAAGAGCUCGCCUCCACCCUCGAUCCUGACCCGCGCUUGUAAUCACCAUACCAGUGGCAGGCAAUGAAGGCUCCAAACAUCCUCGACCCAAAAGACUCCAAGGCCAACAGCUUCGCGAACAAGCUCAAGCGCUACGGUGACAGCCUCGCCAAAGACGCCGCGACAGCACACCUCGCGGGCGGCUACAAGAGAAAUGGGGGGUUUGAUCAUCAAACGUGAGCUUCGUGCUUCAUGGUGAGGUACAUGGCAUGAUCGAAUAUGCUGACACUUGGCGACUUUCUUGGCGCGUACAAGGUUUCUCUUCGACAUGGUCACGGUCAAGAUGAAGCGACAUUCCGGCAUCCGCACGGCAGGCCAGAAUACGCUCAGCGAACACACGAUACAAGCGGUCUGUUCUGAAGUUGUCGGUGAUCCCGCCAACAACCUCAGCUUUGCAAGCCGCGUAGCGGUGAGUGGCGCCCUCAGUCGACCACAUGCCGAACUUGGACUGACGAACGAUCCCCGGAGCGAACACAGGACGCAGUCCAGGAGAUGGGUUUUGCUUCGGGAAAGGCGAGGAAGACGAAGAAGACCAAGACCACCAAAGAUGAGAAGCAGAUCGAGGACGGGCAACCCUAA